AUGAACUCUGAGGGGGUUGGGUCCGACCCUGAGGCGGAUAAUAUUUUUUCCUUUGGCGAGGGGACCUCUGGGCCUCGUGGCGUGCAGCGUACUGUGGCAAGACAAAUUCACCACAAACAUGGACCUGAUUUUCAUGACAAAUACGGCAACUUUAUUUUACUUGGUGGGGCUCCGUUUUGUGUCUCUAUCUGGAGCUAUGUUGUAACACAAGCGGGGAUAGAGUGGAAUUUGUCUCCUGUUGGUCGAAUUACCCCAAAAGAAUGGAGAGAGCAGUAGAGAUGCUGGGUUAAAUCCUCUUCUGAAAAGUUGGGAACAGCCAUGGGUUCG